GUGUAAAAGUUAACAUGAUAUUGCAAAUGUGAACAAAUUUACAUUAAUUUACAUGAAAAUUUUAUCACAUGAUGUGUAAUAAAGUUUACAUGGCAUUGCAAGUGUAGAAAAAUUUACAUGACAUUACAAGUGUAGAAAAGUUUACGUGGUAUUACAAGUGUAGAAAAGGUUGCAGAGCAUCGCUGGUGUAAGCGAAUUUACAUGGUAUUGCAUGUGUACAAAUAAUUAAAAAUGUGUGAAGUCUCGAAGUGUUGCCUCUGCAUCAGCCUUUAUAAUGGCUGCAUCAUAUCAGCGUUCGUCACCAUCGCCGUUAGCGUUUGCCAGACCACGAUAUUCUCGCUGAUCCUCUACCUCGCUUACAACUCCAACUCCUACACUACGGGAGGAGGUGGAGACGAUGAGUCUUCAGCCUUCCCCAACGAUACCAUCUUCUCGGCUGAAAAUGAAACUGAUCUCGCAGACGGAGCUUCGUAUUCAUUUUCAUCGAAAAUAUGUCCCUUUGGGUUCGUCCACCUGAUCGUAUCGAACAAGUCACACCACAGGUCACACAUCAAGGAUGUUGGACACGAGGAAGUGGAUUUGGAUUCCAUUAACGCGACGUUGAAACCUUUCUCGAACCUCACUGUGGUUGGCGGGACUAAAUGCGUUGCACCAGUGCCGUCAAUGCUGUGCUGCAUGGUGGUGGCCUCCUUCCUGUACGGCAUCGUGGGCGGCAUCCUCAUGAUUGGCGUGCGCAAGGGCGUGUCGCAGUUGUUAUCGAUCUGGUUCUUCUACACGGUUGGCUACAACAUCCUCGCUCUGGUCGUAGGUCUGCUGGACGGAGUUUACAGCGGCGCAGCAGACAUCUCCUCCUACGUUGUCUGCUUCGUAACGCUCUACUGCAUCGUCGUCGUAGACUCCUACUACGAGAAAGUCUUGAUCGGCACGGAAGAGACACGGGCGAGUGCGGCGCAGAACACGUUCAGUCCGCAGCCCGGAUUGGUGGUGGUGAAGCUCAGUCCGCAGUCCGACUUAUUGGACAACAACAUCUCCUCAGUGCGACUGCUGCCCCACAACGGCCAUAUUGAUGAUGGGGGAGGAGAGGGGAGUGUCACGGAGCCAUUUCUUGGGGGAGGUCUUCAGUCGUAAGAAGAAGAGCGGGUGCCGUUUUGACGACCUAGAAAUGAGAUUAUUGUCCCCAGAACAAGGGGCGGGAGCCACUUCGUUCUCUCAUGAUACAGAUGACAAUGAUGAGCAAUGCUUCACAAUAAACCCCAAGGUUUAUUCUAUAUAUUCCGAGAAUGAUCGAGGUAUGAAGCUCAACUCUGAUCUUAAAUAUAAUCGAUCAUUUCUCCAUUCAAAUGAUGAUGGAGAAAGAGGUGCGUCGAAGAGUUUGCUGCCUGCUAGCAGAGCUACGAAACCAGCAAAAAAGCAUAAAAAGAAAGUUCGUUUCCGAGACUGGUAAUAAUGUUGAUAUAAUUCAAGUAUUGCAGCACCAGGUAACAUUGAUUAUUUAAUUAUAUGUCUUGCAAUGAUGAUUAUGCAUCAUGUCCUUCGAAUUGAAUUGUAUUUUGACUGAAAUGAAAUCCCCCAGUUUACUUUUUUAUUCUGCAUUCGUAGAUACAAAAGAUAAAAUCUCACACAUUUGUGUAUAAGAAUUAAUUGAAAGCCUGUUGAGGUUCGUACGUGAUUGAUAUGCUCAGAAUAUCUAUUUCAAUUUCUUGAAAUACUUCUAGGUAUCGUAAGAUUCACUAAGCGUACAGUUUCAAAAUAUAGUAAUGCAUGCAUUCCAAAACUUGCGUGACUCUUUUGAAACAUAAUGAAACAUUAUAUUGUUCGUUGUAGCCUCUCUACAUGAGAGAGGGUCUGAAAAUUUUAAGUUCGUCAUGUAAAGUAUG